AUGACCUUCAGGGCCUUCUCCGAGGACGGCCGGGCCCGCAUGCGGAGCCUCUUCGCCGCCGUCCCUGAGGCGGAGGCGGCGACCGAUGAGGCGAAGCAGGCGGGCGCCGAGGCCCCCAGGAGCCCCACGAGACGCCAGCGCGAGAAGCGCCGUUCGGCGCCGAGGACGCUGCAGGACGAGGCGGAUGCCUACCACGAGAUGGCGCAGCAGGCCAACCUGCUGCAGUCCAGGCAGCUCCGCUUCGCGGCAGCGCGGCGGCUCGCGGCAGAGCGCACGGGCGUCGGCGCGGGCGAGCAGCUCCCCGUGGCGCUGGGCGUCGUGCGGGAGCUGGAGGACCGCCUGCGCGCCCUCGAGGGCGCCAUCGAGGGCGCGGGCGCCGCCGCCGGCAGCCCAGCAGCCGUCGCUGGCGGCGGCGGCCACACAUCGCGUGCAAUUGCCCGGUCCUCCUUCUUUUAA